AUGACUCGAUUAUCAGCGCAGCGAAUGGACCAAACGUCUCCACUCAACACCGGUCAUCACAUCACUCAGCCAUCAACCCACUGGACAAUACGCCUCUACAGGAGAGAAUGCCUCAACCCAGUCCGACCACUCCGCGCAAGUCCGCGAACCUUGCGAUACCCUCCCCGAGAAAUCGUCCUCCAACCCAGUUGCCCAGUCCGUCCCAUGAUUCUUCAACACCAUCCCACUUGA